GGGGCUGAUGGGAGUCCGGAGGGUCAGACCGAGCCACCGACGCACCGGGACGCGGCUCAACUCUCCGGUGUGACGAGGAAACUUCUCCGUUUCCCCGGAAAGACGCAAAAGAGGCCGAGCAACAGCUGGAGCAGAGAGUUUUAUUUUGAAGGCGCGUGGUUCUCUGAGUUCUCGCACCUGAGACGCUGACGGGCUGAAGAGGCUCCUCGGAGCCGGAGCUGUUCCGGGAGUGAAGCGGGACCGAGAGGAGUAAGGAGCGGCUGAAGUUGAGGACAUGCCGGAGGAAGCAGCCCGGUGCGCACUGCUCCCUCCCCGGCUGCGCUGAGGCGCCACAGUCCGCUCCUCCUCUGCUCCUCCUCAGCUCCUCCUCAGCUCCUCCUCAGCUCCUCCAGCACCAGCAUCACUCUGCUCGGAUUAACACACGCACACUCCCGCUUCAGUCUCCUCCCGGACUCCCCGGACUCCAAACCCUGGUCUUGCGGAGCUUUGCGCUCGUGGAUCGGCCGCUGCGCGCCUCCUCUCCGGGUGGGAUGUGGCGGCAGUGAGCGGGACGCGGCGGUGCGGUGAUGGUGUGACGGACCCGCAGCUUUUCACGCAGGAGUUUCACAUCUGGUUUACUGGGCCAGUCAGCAGCAGGAUCAGGAUGAGAAGAUGGCUGGCUGUGUGUUUCCAAUGGGACCAGAGAGCUUUCAGCGCUUCACGCCGGACUCCCUGGCGGCCAUCGAGCAGCGCAUGGCCCAGGAGAAGGCCCGACAAAACAAACACUACCAGGAGGACUUGGGCGACGUGCAGCUCCUCCGGCCCCGGCCCGACCUGGAGGCAGGAAAACAGCUGCCGCGCAUCUUCGCUGACAUCCCAUCUCAUCUGGUGGGCGUUCCCCUGGAAGACAUCGACCCAUACUACUUCAAAGACAAGAGGACUUUCAUAGUCCUGAACAAAGGGAAGGCCAUCUUCCGUUUCAGUGCCACAUCCGCCCUCUACAUCUUCAGCCCUUUUCACCCCAUCCGCAGAAUCGCCAUCCAGAUCCUGGUCCACUCGUUAUUCAGUUUGUUCAUCAUGUGCACCAUCCUGACCAACUGCUGCUUCAUGGCCAUGUCCGAGCCGGCGUACUGGGCCAAGUACCUGGAGUACACCUUCACAGGUAUCUACACGUUCGAGUCACUCAUAAAGAUCCUGGCGAGAGGUUUCUGUGUGGGGCCCUUCACCUUCCUGAGGGACCCCUGGAACUGGCUCGACUUCAGCGUCAUUGUCAUGGCAUAUGUGACUGAGUUUGUGGACCUGGGUAAUGUGUCAGCCUUAAGGACGUUCAGGGUGCUGCGAGCGCUCAAAACCAUCUCUGUCAUCCCAGGCCUGAAGACCAUCGUUGGCGCUCUGAUCCAGUCCGUGAAGAAGCUCGCCGACGUGAUGAUCCUCACCGUCUUCUGCCUGAGUGUCUUCGCACUCAUCGGCCUCCAGCUCUUCAUGGGAAACCUGCGGCAGAAAUGUGUCCGCAGCGCAGCGCACUGCGUCAACGACAGCCUGCCGGCCAACACGUCCUUCUACUGCAACAACAAGACCUGGGCGUCCAUGAAGGUCUUCAGCAACGACGAGGACAACUUCUACAAGGUGGAGGGAGCCAAGGAUGCCUUAAUCUGCGGGAACAGCAGUGACGCAGGAAAGUGCCCGGAUGGGUUUGAAUGUCUGAAGGCGGGACGGAACCCGAACUACGGCUACACCAGCUUCGACAGCUUCGGUUGGGCUUUCCUGUCUUUGUUCCGCCUGAUGACACAGGACUACUGGGAAAACCUCUACCACCAGACGCUGCGUUCGGCCGGUAAGACCUACAUGGUGUUUUUCGUGGUGGUGAUCUUCCUGGGCUCCUUCUACCUGGUCAACCUCAUCCUGGCCGUUGUUGCCAUGGCGUACGAGGAGCAGAACCAGGCGACCAUCGCGGAGGCAUGCCAGAAGGAGCGAGAGUUCCACCAGGCGAUGGAGAGGCUGAAGAAAGAGCAACAGGUUGCCGCCCAAAAGGUUCAAGACUCGGACUCGUUGAUGUCACCAGACCUGUCGCCCUUUGGGCCGCCACUGGACGGCCUGGAGGAGCGGAGGCGGAGUCAAGCGUUGGUGGGAGUGGCCGACGUGGAGUCCAACCUAUCAGAGGAAAAGCUGCUGCAGGUGGACAUGACGGACGGGGGAAAGCCGCUCCACCCCCUCCUCGCCCGCUCCUUCUCCUCGAGGACUCGGCGGAGCAGUCAGGUCUCCUCCAUCUUCAACUUCCGCCUGAGGAGCCGGGGGUCGGACGGAGAGAUGGCUGACGACGAGUACAGUGUCCCGGGUGAUGUGGUGGAGGGGGUCGGCAGCCGGACGUACAGCGGUGGAACCUUCAGCGGCAUCCUGCCUCAUCCAUGGCCAAAACGGCGACCGAGCACCUACAGCACGAACAGCAGGAGCUCACAGGUGUUUUAUCCAACUCUAAACAUUAACGGGAAGCUGUUUGUUGCAAUGGACCAAAACGGGGUUUCCCCGCCGCCCCUGCAAGGGCAGCUGCCUGCCUGCACCAUGGAGAAGGUCAAGGAGGAGAGUGUCCCCACGUCCAGCACUGAGCUCAGUACCAUGCUGUUGCCUCGGCCUUCGUCCACACAGGGCUCGGAGCGGAGGGGGAGGGGGAGGGCGCUCAGCGCUGCCAGCUACCUCACGGACGCCAUGGAAGAGCUGGAGGAGGCCCACAAGAGGUGCCACCCCUGCUGGUACACCUUCGCCCACCGUUACCUGGUGUGGGAGUGCAGCCCCUCCUGGCUGAGGCUGAAGGAGCUGGUGAAUAUCAUGGUGAUGGACCCCUUCCUGGACCUGGCCAUCACCGUCUGCAUCGUCCUCAACACGCUCUUCAUGGCCAUGGAGCACUACCCCAUGACCGACGAGUUCAACGGCAUGCUCAGCAUCGGAAACCUGGUGUUCUCCGGGAUCUUCACGGCGGAGAUGGUUCUGAAGAUCAUCGCUCUGGAUCCGUACUACUACUUCCAGACGGGCUGGAACAUCUUCGACAGCAUCAUCGUGUGCCUCAGCCUCAUGGAGCUCGGCCUGUCCGACGUGGAGGGGCUCAGUGUGCUGCGCUCCUUCCGCCUGCUGCGAGUUUUCAAGCUGGCUCGAUCUUGGCCGACCCUCAACACCCUGAUCAAGAUCAUUGGGAACUCCAUGGGCGCUCUGGGAAACCUGACGCUCGUCCUCGCCAUCAUCGUCUUCAUCUUCGCCGUGGUCGGCAUGCAGCUGUUUGGAAAAAACUACCAGGACUGUGUGUGUAAGAUCUCGAAGGACUGCGCUCUUCCUCGCUGGCACAUGAAGGACUUCUUCCACUCCUUCCUCAUCGUCUUCAGGGUGCUGUGUGGCGAGUGGAUAGAGACCAUGUGGGACUGUAUGGAGGUGGCGGGUCAGCCGCUCUGCCUUCUGGUCUUCAUGUUGGUCAUGGUCAUUGGAAACCUGGUGCUGCUGAACCUCUUCCUCGCUCUGCUCCUCAGCAGCUUCAGCUCUGACAACCUGUCGGCUCCAGACGACGACGGCGAGAUGAACAACCUGCACAUCGCCAUCCACAGGAUCACCAGAGGCCUGGGCUGGUGCCGCAGACAGGUGGUGGAUUUCUUCAACGGGAACCUGAAGCGUCGUCGUCAGAAGCGAAAAGAGGCCAAAGCCAUGAUGAAGCUGAAGCGGCUGAGCACCAUCCACUGUGAGGUCAACGGAGCCGUCAUAGGCCGUCACGUAGAGAAGUACGUGGUGCCCGAGGACGACAGCUACAUGACGAACCCCAACCUGACCAUCAGCGUCCCCAUCGCCCCCGGAGAGUCAGACGUGGAGUUCCCUGAGGAGGAGGAGGAGGAGGAUGAGGAGGAGGAGGAGGAAGAGGAGGAAGAGGAGGAGGAGCAGAGCGAGGGCUCAGAGGAAGACGGGGAGAGGGAGGAGCAGAAAGACGACCUCAGCCUAUCAGAGGGCAGCACGGUGGACCUCAGGAAGCCCGGGGAGGAAGAGGAUGAGUACUCCGAGAUGCCGGAAGAGGCCAUGGACCCCGACAACUGCUUCCCAGACCUGUGUGUGUCCAGGAUUCAGUGCUGCGACAUCGACACGACCGCCGGCCUCGGUCAGAUCUGGUGGAGGAUGAGGAAGACGUGUUACCAGAUCGUAGAGCACAGCUGGUUCGAGUCCUUCAUCAUCUUCAUGAUCCUCCUCAGCUCCGGAGCGCUGGCGUUUGAGGACAUCUACAUCGAACAGAGGAAGGUGGUGAAGGUGGUGCUGGAGUACUCAGACAAGAUCUUCACCUACAUCUUCAUCCUGGAGAUGUUGCUCAAGUGGCUCGCCUACGGCUUCAAGAAAUACUUCACCAACUACUGGUGCUGGCUCGACUUCCUCAUCGUCGAUGUCUCAUUGGUCAGUCUGGUGGCCAACACGUUGGGUUAUUCAGACUUUGCAGCCAUCAAGUCCCUGCGGACGCUCCGCGCCCUGCGGCCCCUCAGAGCCCUCUCCAGAUUUGAAGGCAUGAGGGUGGUGGUCAACGCUCUGAUCGGGGCGAUUCCCUCCAUCAUGAACGUGCUGCUGGUCUGCCUCAUCUUCUGGCUCAUCUUCAGCAUCAUGGGCGUGAACCUGUUCGCCGGGAAGUUCGGCCGCUGCGUCAACCGCACCGGGCACAUCUACGACGCCGCGUUCAUCAACAACAAGUCGGAGUGCGAGGCGCUCAACGACAGCUCGCUCUACUACUGGACCAAGGUCAAGGUCAACUUCGACAACGUGGGCGCCGGAUACCUGGCUCUGCUUCAAGUGGCGACGUUCAAAGGCUGGAUGGAGAUCAUGUACGCAGCCGUGGAUUCCAGAGCCGUCGAGGAGCAGCCGAUCAAAGAAAUCAAUCUGUACAUGUACCUGUACUUCGUCAUCUUCAUCAUUUUCGGCUCCUUCUUCACCCUUAACCUCUUCAUCGGCGUCAUCAUCGACAACUUCAACCAGCAGAAACGGAAGUUAGGAGGACAGGACAUCUUCAUGACAGAGGAGCAGAAGAAAUAUUACAACGCCAUGAAGAAACUGGGCUCCAAGAAACCUCAGAAACCCAUCCCCCGACCGAUGAACCCGCUGCAGGGCUUCUUCUUCGACCUGGCGGGGAAGCAGGCGUUCGACAUCAUCAUCAUGGUGCUGAUCCUCUUCAACAUGAUCACCAUGAUGGUGGAGACGGACGAGCAGUCGCCGCAGAUGGAGUACAUCCUGAACAACGUCAACCUGGCCUUCAUCAUCGUCUUCACCGCCGAGUGCCUCACCAAGAUCGUGGCGCUGCGGUGUUACUUCUUCACCGUCGGCUGGAACAUCUUCGACUUUGUGGUCGUCAUCCUCUCCAUCGUCGGUAUCGUGCUCGCUGACAUCAUCGAGAAGUACUUUGUGUCACCAACCCUGUUCCGAGUGAUACGAUUGGCCCGUAUCGGACGUAUUCUGCGUCUCAUCAGAGGUGCCAAAGGCAUCCGGACGUUACUGUUCGCCCUCAUGAUGUCUCUUCCUGCUCUUUUCAACAUCGGGCUCCUCUUGUUCCUGGUCAUGUUCAUCUACGCCAUCUUCGGCAUGGCCAACUUCGCCUACGUGAAGCGGCAGUCGGGAAUCGAUGACAUGUUUAACUUUGAGACGUUUGGGAACAGUAUGAUCUGCUUGUUCCAGAUCACCACCUCCGCCGGGUGGGACAGUCUGCUCAGCCCCAUCCUCAACAACUCCCCCGAGGAGUGCAAUCCCCACCUCCCCCACACCGGCACCACGGUGAAGGGGAACUGUGGGAACCCGUCUGUGGGCAUCACCUUCUUCGUCACUUACAUCAUCAUCUCUUUCCUCAUCGUGGUGAACAUGUACAUCGCCAUCAUCCUGGAGAACUUCAGCGUGGCCACAGAGGAGAGCACGGAGCCGCUAAGCGAGGACGACUUCGAGAUGUUCUAUGAGGUUUGGGAGAAGUUUGACUCAGAGGCGACACAGUUUAUUGAGUACGCCAAACUGUCCGACUUUGCCGACUCGCUGUCGGAGCCGCUGCGCAUCAGCAAACCCAACAAGAUCAAGCUUAUCUCCAUGGACCUACCCAUGGUCAGUGGGGAUAAGAUCCACUGCCUGGACAUCCUCUUCGCCUUCACCAAGCGAGUCCUGGGUGAGUCGGGCGAGAUGGACGCCCUCAAGCAGCAGAUGGAGGAGAAGUUCAUGAUGGCCAACCCUUCCAAGAUCUCCUAUGAGCCAAUCACAACAACUUUGAGGCGGAAACAGGAAGACGUCUCCGCCACAGUGAUCCAGAGGUGCUAUCGCAGACACUUGGUGAGGCGGCAGAUGAAGGCCGCCUCCUACUUGUAUCGUCAGAUCACAACACCUCGACAUGCAGGAGUCGUCUGUGAAGAAGGUGGCGAGGGAAUAUUUGGGGAAGACGCACCUGAGAAAGAAGGGCUGAUCGCCGCCAUGAUGAGGGAAAACUACGGCUCGAGUUUGUUAGGGAUAGAGCAAUCCGAGACGAUUUCCUCCACCUCAUCUCCGCCGUCUUACGACAGCGUGACGCGAGCCACGUCCGAAAUAUUUCAUCCGCUUGUUGUCAACACAGGAAUCGUUGUUGUUGACACUGCAGGCAGUGAACCCAGCGAACAGUCGUCAUCUGCGGUCGACCCAGACCAGCGGCAGGAAACGGUUCCGUAGCUGGAACCGAAGAAGCAAAGCAUUUAACAGACAAGGAUUUUCUCGUUGGGUUAAGCCUGUUGGUUCUGUUGUUUGCUGAAUGUACCAUAGCUGGGGAACGCUGAAGAGGCACCACAUGGGAGCUAUGAGCGAGGAGCCGCAGGAGGCGCCGAGGGAAAGGGAAAACAACGUGGAAUAUUUACUACCUUUAAUGUUAUUUCCUGUUCCCUGCGAAGAUUCCUGGACUCGACAGCGAGUUUCUUCGCAGGGAAACAGACAAACUGCAGAGGCAGAGAAGGAAACCAGUCCAGUUCGCCUUUGUUGGAGUGAAAGACAGAAGUGGAGAGAAGAACCACCUCUGGAUCCCUUUGACCUUUUGGGUCUCUCGUGUUUUCAGGACAUUGACUGACCUUUGACCUCAGCUACAGGGGUCAGAGCAACUAUAUCACAGAUGUAUCCAUCAUUUAUUGGCCUGGGGGGGUUGUGCCUUCCCACAGAUGAUCAAUGUGCUCAGAGUUAGCCGGGCUGUAAGAGCGGUAGUUUCCCCUCACGGUAACGGUCAGCGGCGUUCUGACGGACUGACACUCGAGAGAGGACGGGAAACAGUGAACGUGAUUUUAAAAAUGUUUUGGUAGUAAAAGUAUAACUUUGUUGAUGUUACCAGUCUUUUAAUAGCGGUACGAUUAUUACUAUUUUUUAUAUUUUUUAGAGUAAGUUGAAGAACAAAAUACGCAGUCUCCCUCUUUUGACUUCGGAGCGGCGCUGGCUACGAAAGAGUGACUGAACUACAACGUUGUAAUAGACGAGAGAAGAGAAGGAGAAAAAUCUCAAGAACCUGAGAAGCAACUUCAUCAGUUUUUUUUUAACUUCACUUUAACACAUCUGGAUAACGUCACAUCGAAGAAGAGCCCGGGAGGUUUUUAUUUUUCUCUUCUGAAAACGUUUGCGAUAACACCAAAAAUCUGAACGUGCACAAUGAGAUUUAGUCCCGGACUCUUGCAGCAUGUGAUCGUACCGGUGGUGAACGUCGUCCUCGGCGCUGUGACCAAUGGGUGAUUUGUCCAAAAGUCCAGAUUUAAAAGCACGAGUCCAACUUCCGUUUGCUUCACGAACAAACCUGAACCGACGACUCGUACGUUUGCUGCGUUUCUACGUUGAUUUAAAUCACAUCAGUGAGACGUCGUGUUUGGUCCAUGUUGAAGAAAAUAAAUCUUAGUCAUCGAGAAUUCAUUUGUUACAAGAACUAAAUAUUUUAAUCAUACGAGAAGAAGUUGAAAAUGAUAUUUUAAAAGGACAAUAUCAGAAAAUCAAUCUCUCGCCUGCAUUAAAGUGAAGAAUGUGGAGAACUUCAGUCCUCAUUAAAUUAUGACUUUAUUAUAAAAUAUUCAACUUUGUUCUCUCAUAGUUACGCUUCAUCCUCAUUAAAUUCUGACUUAAAUAUUAUAAAGCUCCAACUUUAAUUACAUAAAAUUACAGCUUUAGUUUUGCAAAUACUACGACUUAAUUCUAAGAAAAUGAUAACUUUUUUCUCGUAAAAUUAUGACUCAAUUGUUGUAAAUUUAUGACUUUAUUUUCUUGUAAAAUUAUGAUUUAAGUCUCAUAAAAUUAUGAAUUUGUUUUCUUCCUCGUGGCCGUAAAACACUCAUUAGUACAUUUUUAAAAAACUCUUUCAGAAUUAAAAAGACUUAAUCAAGACUUUAGUCUUUUGUCUAAAUCCAAACUGAAAUAAUUUACCUUUAUCAAAGAACAAAUGACCCAUUUAUCAAUUGAACGACUUUCAUAUCUUAAUAAUCUGAAGGCGUUAAUCUGCAGCUACAUGUUGUUUACUUCAAAGUAGGAAAAAUAGUGUUUCAUCAAGUUAAAAGCGAAGAUGCAAACGACAUAAAGUCAGAAAAUAAGUUAAAGUGCACAACAUCGGAGAAAAGUGUCGGACUGUGUGUGUCGUCACCGCUCACGAGUCUGUUAGCAGCGGUGACGUCACCGUAUUCACGACAAAUCACCCAACGCCGACUCUCCGUCUGGUCCGAGUUUGGCUCCGCCCACAUUGGAUUGUGAAAUUCUUGGUGUGGUCGAUCGACCCCGACCAGAUCGCGACAAUCACCUCAGCACGAGCGUCACGAUUUCAGCCCCGUUUAGUUUUGCGGAAAGUUCUCACUCAUCCUUCGUGUUUGAGCUACGAUCAGUGUCCUGGAUAAAAACCCACGUUAGACACAAGAUGGCAGCAGAGACGAGGGCUCGGUUCUACUGUCGGUUCUUAUUUCUCAGACUCGUUUGUUCAUCGCUGAAGAACAUUUGAGAUUAUUCACCUCUGAAUUGACGAAGCUGUUUAUUUCUGUAACUUCAACAAAAGCAACGUAAAACAGAUCAAAUCCAACAAACUGGAGGAAGUGAGGGGACGAGUCUCCGAGGGUUUCAUCCUUUUUGUUGCUUGUGUCUUUUCAUUUGAUUUGUCGACGAUGAGAAACAUAUUUACUUAACCAGACAUUUACACUGUAAACUUAAUCCUCGUGACAACAGCUUGAAAUCCUGAACAAGCGUCUGCAGCGGAGCCGGUUGUUCCCAGGACACGACGAUGCUCAAAGCUUCUUCACUUCCUGUUCUCACUAAAUGAGAUGAAGAGUUUCGUUUGAAAUCAAAGUAAUAAAUUCUGAAGCAGUGAUUCCUGUUUAGUUUCUUAACUGAGAAGUGAAACUGACGGUUUGGAACAAUUUGACCAAAGUUACUUUUCUGGUGCAAAGUUCAAAAGAUAGAAAAUAAAUUGAUUCCCUCAAUGGAUCGAUUUUUUAAAAAAAAAACUCAAAGGUAUUUUAUUUUACCCCAAAAAAUCUUGAGAUUGAAAAGAAACUCUUCAAAUCACAUCACAGCUUUAUUUAUGUAUAUUUAUUUAUUUAUUUAUUUAUUCAUUGGAUGAUUUCGUUUUUCUGGUCGAUUGCUUUAUUUGAUCUCAGAUUUUGAUUUCAUGAGAGGCUCCCCCCCGACCCCCCGCGGACAGCGGAGGCCGAGCGACACAACUCUUUAUCUAUUUUGCACAGAGAAACAAAAAAGACCAAACCGCGUCAAGCAAUAACGGUUUGCCGACACCUUUUAAGUGAAUUCUUAGAGAACGCUCGACUUCACAGAAGCUUUUUCUCACUGUAUGAAUCUGUGGCUGAACUGAGGAAAAUACCUGAAAUGCACAAUAACACCUGAAUGAUUUGAAGAGUCCUUGUUUCCCUGAUGCAGCACCGACAGUGUUCCUGUGGAUUUACAGACGAACACACCGACGUGAAGCUGACGCGAAGCAGCGUGUUUUUAUUCAAGUGUCAAAGUGUGUGUACAGCGUUUGUUUGGUCGAUAUCAAUAUUUCCAACAACCUCUCUCUCUCUCUCUCUCUCUCUCCGUCGUCGUGGUCACCCGGGGGAUCUUUACUAAACGCUUUAUUAGACUAAUAUGAAAAAGGAAAAAGACAAAAAAGAAGAAUUUUACUGUUCUGGACUCUGUUUCUACUAGAUUCUAUUGAGAAUAAUAAACCAUGUAGGUAAAUACUUAAGACACUGCUGAACUCUGCGGAGGCGUUUUCAGGUUGCAGUUGUGCUGAAGGGCUGUUUUCAGUAGCAAUAGACCCAGAGUGUGCCUGCUACACAUGAACCCAACACUCCAAGCCAUGCUCUCACUUUGACUGACUGGUUGAUUGACUGAUUAAGUGUUUUUGAUAAUGAACGAGGUCCACGGUCUCUCAUCUCCCCCCUGUCACCGCUGAGGCUCAGCACCGAGAGCUGAUUGGCUGAUGACACGAGGAAACGUCAGAAAGGUUCAGAUUCACGAAAUUCUGCAGGAAAACGUUCAAAACGACCAAAUCAGAAAACUGGGCUGGUUCAUAAAGUCAAGAUGCAAAUCUGCAUCAUUCAGGAAAAUAAAUUGACCUCCUCAGUUUCAAUAUGAGAAAUUUAAUUCAAUAGCAUUGUGCUGCCUUUUCUGAAGUGGUACAAGAGUCUAUGAUUUGUGUAUUAAUUCAAACGUCAGAAUGUUUCCACAGCACCGAGAAGGAAAACCCGGCAUCGAACGUCUGGUUGGAGCGAUUCACUCAUUCUGUGAUCGAACUGUUCCUGGUUUGGAAUGAAAGGUUCAUCGCUGCUCGACAUUUAACAUCCGACAACGGUUUUGUGUUGAACUUCGGUGAAUCUGGACCUUUGGUUUCACUGAGCACAAAAACUUCAGCUGCAUAUCGACUGCGUCACAUCACAGCAGCAAACUGAAGCCCGAGUUCUGUGUCCGGGCGGGAAAAGGAAACUCAAGACGGCGCCGUGCGGGUCAGUGACGUGGCCCGAGGGCGACGCUCAGAAUCUCUGCUCCUUUUUGUCGCCUUUUCCCAGUUUCUAAACCAAAAGCUGCUUCGUCACCUUCAAAGCAAAAGGACAAACUUGUAGGUACCGACACGGAGGACAUGCACAGGAAACGAGUGGUUUCAUUGUUCAUUAUUGUUACUGUUGUUACUAUUGACUGUGUGAAAUGCAAUACAACACUUAUGUAAACAGGCGGUGAGUGAUGCUGUAUCUUCUUUACAGAACCAGCCGAGUCAUUUCAUGGAUUUGGUUUUUCCAGGCGUCCUCUCACUGCUUCAACCACCGUCGCCCCGUUUACACCGCAACUGGUUUCACAACGAUUGUCAAAGUGGUUCCGCCGGGUCUCCGGCUUCAUAUCAGUUCCACAGAAACCUCAUAUCUCCAGAUAGUUGCCUUUAUUCAGGUGAGGAGGAGACGAGAGGCUGAAUAUUUCCCUUCCUGAUUAUUUCUGCCAAAUUUUAGAAAAGGUUUGUAACGGAGGCGGCUGAGAGUUCAUCACUAACACGUCAAGAUGGAAGAGGUAAAAUCACAGUUUUGGAGAUGAGGUUUAUUUAUACGAGCAGUGUUAAUGUGAGUGGAGCCACGUCAGAGAUUUUACUUUGAAAGAGUCAGGAACAUAAAGAAGACAGACAGGAAGUGGGAGAUUCUUUUGCAGUAGUGCCCUGAACAAAUUCAACAACUGAACAUUACACUUGUAAUGUUUCCACAUGAAAAUAUCAAUAAGUGAGAAAGUUACGAGGUUUUCCUCCGACCUCAGUGAAACCUCGGUGUAAAGGAGGCGAAGCUGUGCCUCAGUGACCCCCCCCCCCGUGUUUUAGAGACAAUAAUUUAAAUAUAUAUACACACUUUUUAGUACUUUGAGUUGAAAUACUUUAGUAUUUUGCAAAUUCAUGUCUCUGUAUAUAAAAGAAAAAAAGCCUCCUGUAAUAAACCAGAACAAAUUUAAUACUGAA